AUGGCGGACUCCAAGAAGGGCGGCGGCGGCGCCGCCGAUAACAACCUCAAUCAAUACAAAUAUGCGGCGAUGUCAAAUCUGGUCCUCCAAGCGGACCGAAGAUUCGUGUCUCGUCGGGGAGACGAUGCGACUGGAGAUCCCGAAUCGCUCGCUGGAAGAAUCAACCUUGGAGAAAUGGGCUCGAGGACAACACGCGAGAAGGCGCCAGUCUCUGCUGGAACGCAAGAGCAGGCUCGCAAGAGGAAACGAACGGAGCCCGUGCAGAGCUCGCGUGCUGCUGGUAUUUUGAGUCAGCAGGAUAUGAACAUCGAAGGGCUGCGAUAUCGACCUCGGACCGCCGCGACCAAGGAUAUCUACGAUCUGAUCUCGGCGAACGUGGCGCAAAAGAUGGGUGGAGAUUAUGGCCUUGCAGUCACUGCUUCUGCCACGGAUUCGAUACUGGAAUAUUUGAAAGAUGACAGUUUGAAGGAUCUUGACAAGAAGAAAGAGAUCGAUGAUAUUCUCGGAAUCACCCUCACGAAUAAAGAGUUCAACCAGCUUGUGAACUUGGGCAAGAAGAUCACGGACUAUGAUGCACAAGAUGAGGACGACGAAAUGGGAGAAGGCGCUGCGGAAGAGGCGGAUCUCGAUGAGCAGCAGGGUGUGGCCGUUGACUUCGGCGACGAAGAGGACGACGAAGACGCCGGCCGGACAUUUGAGGUUAGAGACGAGGACGAGGAAUCGGAAGACGAUUUGGCUAUGGGCACAGAAGAAGUCGCAGAAGACGGUGCUGGUCCGCCACCCGACGCGCAUGGAUCCGGUGAUGAAGAAGAUGACGGCAUGGUCAUUGAAAGUCGACCGCCUCGGAGCGCCAAAGAAGAGAAGGGCGACCCCAACUUUGUUCCUGCACACGAAAUCGACGCGUACUGGUUACAGCGACAGAUUGGUAAUCUCUAUGAAGAUGCGCAUAUUCAGACUGAGAAGACGCGAGAUGCAGAGAAGAUCAUGUCUGAUACCGAUGAGGAGGGUGACUUCAAGCCUCUUAGAGAGGUUGAGAACGAUCUCAUGGAGCUCUUCGACUACGAGCAUAACGAGCUUGUUGCUAAGCUGGUCAGAAACCGAGACAAGAUCGUUUGGGUCACCAGAUGGCGAAGAGUAGCCGAGGACGAUGCAUCGAGGGUGGCUCUUGAGAAGGAGAUGGUCAAUGCCGGUCACGCCAGCAUUCUCAAAGAACUGCGCGGUCGCGAUGAAGCGCCCACGAAAGACGGGCCAAAGAUGACGGUCAAGCUUGACCCUAUGGAGCUUGAUGCAAAGCUUCCCAUCAAGGAGGGGGAGGAGGUGAAGAAGGAAGGCCUCGUUGGUGGUCUCCAGCCACGGAAAACGCUUAAUUUGGAUGAUCUCAAGUUCGAUCAGGGAAAUCACCUGAUGACCAAUCAGAACGUUAGACUUCCGCAAGGCUCGACGAAAAGAUCUUUCAAAGGCUAUGAAGAAAUCCAUGUGCCUGCACCGAAGCGAAGACAGAACCCGAACGAACGCCCACUCAUUCCAACCUCUGACCUGCCAGCUUGGGCACGCACCGGUUUUGGUAGCUCAACAUCGCUCAACAGAAUUCAGACGGAGUGUUUCUCGUCUGCUUUUGAAGAUGAUGGAAACAUGCUCAUUUGCGCACCCACUGGAUCCGGUAAGACGAACGUAGCAAUGCUCACAAUGCUUCGUGAAAUCGGAAAACAUCGCGAUCCAACCACGGGCAAUAUUGACUUGGACGCGUUCAAGAUCAUCUACAUUGCCCCUCUCAAGGCUUUGGUGGCCGAGCAAGUCGGCAAUUUUGGCGCGCGACUGAAACCCUACGGUAUCAAGGUUUCGGAGCUGACAGGUGACAGGCAGCUCACCAAGCCACAAAUUGCUGAGACGAACAUCAUUGUCACGACUCCAGAGAAGUGGGAUGUUGUCACGCGCAAAGCAACCGACACAAGCUACACCAAUUUGGUGCGUCUGAUCUGUAUCGAUGAGAUUCAUUUGCUUCACGACGACCGAGGACCUGUGCUUGAGAGCAUUGUAUCAAGGACUAUCCGCCGGACUGAGCAGACUGGGGACCCUGUCCGCAUCGUUGGAUUGUCAGCAACAUUACCCAACUAUCGCGACGUAGCGACUUUCCUCCGAGUCGAUCCCCAGAAAGACCUCUUCCAUUUUGACGGCACUUUCCGACCGUGUCCUCUCAAGCAAGAGUUUAUUGGCGUCACAGAGAAGAAGGCAAUCAAGCAGCUCAAGACGAUGAACGAUGUGUGCUACUCAAAGGUGCUGGAGCAAGUCGGCCAGAACAAGAAUCAAAUGUUGAUCUUUGUGCACUCCAGAAAGGAGACUGCGAAGACGGCUAGAUACAUCCGAGACAAGGCUUUGGAGCUGGACACGAUUGGCCAGAUUCUGCGGACCGAUGCUGCCAAUCGUGAGAUCCUUCGCGAGGAAGCAGAAUCUGUUCAGAACAGCGAGCUCAAGGAUCUGCUGCCAUACGGAUUUGGUAUCCACCACGCCGGUAUGAGCCGUGCCGACAGAACUACUGUCGAAGACUUGUUCGGCGAUGGUGCGAUCCAAGUGCUUGUCUGUACAGCGACGCUCGCGUGGGGUGUCAACUUACCUGCACACACAGUCAUUAUCAAAGGAACCCAGAUCUAUUCGCCCGAGAAGGGUUCUUGGGUAGAGCUCAGUCCACAGGAUGUGCUCCAAAUGCUCGGUCGUGCUGGUCGUCCACAAUAUGAUACAUACGGUGAGGGCAUCAUAAUCACGACACAGUCUGAAAUUCAGUACUACCUGUCGUUGAUGAAUCAGCAGCUUCCCAUUGAAUCGCAAUUCGUCUCUAGACUUGCUGACAACCUCAAUGCGGAAAUUGUGCUCGGCAACAUACGCACUCGGGACGAGGCUGUAGAGUGGCUGGGCUACACUUACCUCUUUGUCAGAAUGAUUAGGUCGCCGGCGCUGUAUCAGGUCGGUGCCGACUAUCAGGAAGAUGAAACACUCGAGCAAAAGCGCGUCGAUUUGGUACACUCCGCUGCCGUUGUACUGGAGAAGGCAAGCCUAGUCAAAUAUGACAAGAAAACCGGCCGAUUACAAUCGACAGAUCUUGGUCGGGUUGCCAGCCAUUACUACAUCACCCACAACAGCAUGUUGACAUACAACCUCCACAUCCAGCCAUCCGUCACAACUAUCGAGCUUUUCCGGGUCUUUGCACUCAGUGACGAGUUCAAAUACAUUCCGGUCCGGCAAGAUGAAAAGCUCGAGCUUGCAAAGCUGGUCGGUCGCGUUCCUAUUCCUAUCAAGGAGACCAUCGACGAGCCACAGUGCAAGAUCAAUGUGCUCCUGCAAGCGUACGUCAGCAGGUUGAAGCUUGAAGGUCUGGCGCUUAUGGCCGAUCUUGUCUACGUCACACAAUCAGCCGGCCGUCUCUUGAGGGCCAUGUUCGAGAUUGCGUUGAAAAAGGGAUGGUCAUCAGUAGCAAAGGAUGCUCUCGAUCUCACGAAGAUGGCGGAGAAGCGAAUGUGGCCGACCAUGACACCUCUGCGACAAUUCCCUGAAUGCUCUCCAGAAAUCAUCAAGAAGGCAGAGCGUAUCGACGUACCCUGGUCUCACUACUUCGACCUGGAUCCGCCCCGUAUGGGCGAACUUCUUGGUAUGCCGAAGCAAGGACGACAAGUUUGCAACAUGAUCGCGAAGUUUCCGCGAUUGGAACUCGCAGCACAGUGCCAGCCAAUCACGCGAAGUCUGCUUCGUGUCGAGCUCACCAUCACGCCCAAUUUUGAGUGGAAUGAUGAGCUCCAUGGGCGUGCGGAGCAAUUUUGGGUCAUGGUGGAGGACUGUGAUGGAGAAGAAAUUCUAUUCCACGACCAAUUCCUCCUGCGAAAGGACUACGCCGUCUCGGAGAUGAAUGAGCACGUCGUGGAGUUCACAGUACCGAUUACUGAGCCACUGCCCCCGAACUACUUCAUCUCCCUUAUCAGUGAUCGGUGGAUGAAGGCCGAGACGAAGCUCACGCUUUCCUUCCAGAAGCUGGCGCUGCCUGAGAAAUUUCCGCCCCAUACACAGCUAUUGGACAUGCAGCCGCUGCCCGUACAGGCCCUGAAGCGAGAAGAGUAUGCUUCACUGUACCCCGAUUGGACCCAAUUCAAUAAGAUUCAGACCCAGACCUUCAACGCGCUUUUUGCGUCAGAUGACAAUGUUUUUGUCGGCGCGCCCACGGGGAGUGGCAAGACGGUCUGCGCUGAAUUUGCGUUGCUGCGUCAUUUCACCAAGUCCAAGGCUGGCAAGGCUGUCUACAUUGCUCCAUUUCAAGAGCAAGUCGAUGCAAGACACAAAGCUUGGCAAGAGAGAUUCGGUCCAUUAGCAGGUGGCAAGGAGGUUGUAAAGCUGACUGGCGAGACAACGGCCGACCUCAAACUGCUCGAAAGAGGUCACCUCAUCCUAGCGACGCCUGUGCAAUGGGACAUGAUGUCUCGUCAAUGGCAACGGAGAAAGAAUGUGCAGAAUGUCAGCCUCAUCGUCGCGGACGACUUGCACAUGCUCGGCGAUCAUGGCGGCUACAUCUACGAAGUCGUCAUGUCUCGCUCUCAAGCAAUCAAGGCCCAGCUCGAAAAUGAUCUCCGCACAAUAGGUCUCAGCGUCUCACUCUCUAAUGCUAGAGAUAUCGGAGAAUGGAUCGGAUGCAGCAAGCACACCAUCUUCAACUUCAGCCCCAACAACCGGCCAUUGCCACUCCAUCUGCACCUGCAGACCUUCAACAUUCCACACUUCCCCUCCUUGAUGCUGGCUAUGACCAAGCCCACUUACCAAGCUAUUAUCCAGUACGCAGGAGAUGACAAGCCAGCUAUGGUCUUCGUUCCCAGCCGAAAACAGGUUCGUGCCACAGCUCAGGACCUGCUGGCAGCAUGCGUCAUCGACGAUGAUGAGGAUCGCUUCUUAAAGGCCGAGCCAGAGCAGAUAGCUCCCGUUCUAGCGAGGGUCAAAGAGCGAGGCUUAGCAGAGUCGCUUUCUCACGGCAUUGCAUAUUACCACGAGGCACUCAGCGAUUCCGACAAGCGCAUUGCAGAGUCCCUGUUCACCCAGGGCGCCUGUCAGGUGAUGCUGAUAUCUCGCAACUGCUGCUGGGAAGUGCAGAGUAACGCCCAUCUGGUCAUUGUAAUGGGCACACAGUUCUUCGAAGGCCGCGAACAUCGGUAUAUUGACUACCCUAUCAGCGAAGUCCUCCAAAUGUUCGGCAAGGCUGGUCGGACGCUAGAAGACAAGGACUGCCGUGGUGUGUUGAUGUGUCCGGACACGAAGCGCAAUUACUACAAGAAGUUCUUGUCGGAAGCGCUACCCAUCGAGAGCCAGCUGCAGUCAUAUAUGCACGAUGCUUUUGUGACUGAAAUCAGCACAAAGACGAUUGAGUCGACACAAGAUGCCGUGGACUGGACAACCUACACGUACUUCUACCGAAGACUGCUCGCGAACCCAAGCUUCUACGGCUUAACAGACACAUCGCACGAAGGUCUGAGCACAUAUUUAUCCGAGCAGGUCGAGACCACGCUCAAAGAGCUCAACGACACCAAAAUUAUCGAGCUCGAUGAAGAGGAGGACACGAUCACGCCCCUCAACGCGGCCAUGAUCGCUGCGUACUACAACAUCUCGUUCAUCACUAUGCAGACAUUGCUGCUAUCUCUGAAGCGUGGCACCAAGCUCAAGGGCAUCCUGGAGAUUGUGACAGCAGCCACAGAGUUCGAAGACGUUCAGAUUCGCCGUCACGAGGAGCCUGUUCUCCAACGCAUCUAUGAUCGCGCCCCCGUGAAACUGUCCGAAGCCAACUUCGAAUCCCCGCAUUUCAAGGCGUUUGUGCUUUUGCAAGCACACUUCUCGCGCAUGCUGCUGCCAGCUGAUCUCGCCAAGGACCAAGAAGUCAUCCUCCGCAAGGUGCUCAACAUUCUGAGUGCUUGCGUUGACGUCCUCUCUUCUGAGGGUCACCUCAACGCCAUGCAAGCCAUGGAAAUCAGCCAAAUGGUGGUACAAGCAAUGUGGGACCGCGACUCACCACUCAAGCAAAUCCCGCAUUUCGAAGAGGAAAAGAUCGAAGUCUGCAACCAAUUUGGCAUCAAGGAUAUACACGAAUUCCAAGACGCCAUGGACCCCGACGAAAAUCCCAACUAUGCCAAACUUGUAGAGGGAUUGGGGUUCAACAACAAGCAGCUUGCAGAUGCGGCAGGUUUCAUCAACGAACGGUACCCGGAUGUUGAGAUGGAUUUCGAAGUCGAUGACCCGGAGAACGUCACGUCAGGAGCGCCGAGCUAUGUCAAUGUUUCGAUCUCACGACAGUUGGAAGAGGAUGAAGAGCCGAACCUAAAUGUUCACGCGCCGUCUUACCCGGCACAGAAGACGGAGAAUUGGUGGCUGAUCGUGGGAGAAGAGAGCACGCGGAAUUUGCUUGCUAUCAAGCGCGUUACCAUCGCCAGAGAGCUGAAGACGCGUUUGGAAGUCGUGGUUCCUACACCGGGAAAGCAUGAAUUGACGCUCUUCCUGAUGAGUGAUUCGUACGUGGGCGUUGACCAGGCGCCGACGUUCGAAGUCGAUGCUGCUGAGGGCAUGGAUGAAGACGAAGAUGAUGAGGAUGAUGAGUGA